AUGCUCCGGUUCAACGUCAAGGAGGUGGAGCUGCCCGAGUUUACCAUCACCGCGGAACGACGGGCCGCGCUGCUUGCCGAGGUCGAAGCCGUGGUGCAAAAUACACUCGAGCUGCGUACGGCUUUUGCAGCCAACAGACGCCAACUCGACUCGACUUCGUGGAAGUUGGUCAGGACAAUGGACGACGUCCGUGCCUACCGAUCGCGUCGGGCAUUGCACGCACCAGCAGACCACGUCGAGUCGCGCACGGAUACGUCGGACAAGGCGUCGUCGCCGACGUCGUCCCACUCGAGCUCGCGGAGGUCGGUACUGGACAAAAGCGCCUGCCUCGGGUCUGCCACCUCGUCCGCGAGUGAGCACCAGUGCCCCAAGUCGAAAAAGACUGCGCGGCCCCCGGCCGUGGUGAUCUCGGGCAUCAUUGACGGGACGGCAGACGAUGCGGCCUUGGGGAUGCUGGCGGACUCGGAGAUCAAUGUCAAGAUACGCGAGUCCUACCUCGGCACGGAGCUCGACGACGCACGUCUCAUUGCUGUGCUCUUGCGGCCAACACCUGAGCAGCCGCUGAACUUCGUCGGGAUCAAAUGGGGUCUACAGUCGUACGGCCGCUUUAGUCAAGCCCGUGACUUUGUCUUUCUUGAAGGCUCGGGGCUCACGACCGAUGCCAAAGGUGUACCUGUCGCGUUUGGGAUCCGGCAAUCGAUCGACUUGUCCGAUAUCCUUACCCUCCCACGUCCGCCAAACACCAUUCGAGGCUACAUGUCUGGGUGCCAGACGUUCGGGAACACCAGUCGGAUGAAUAACACGGGUCACCGCACGGUCGAGAUGUUCACUCGUGCUUUCAUCGAGAUGGACGGGGCACCUGUCAAUAUGGCAGCGGCUGCCUAUGCAGAGAAGCUCAUGGCGCUUGUCGCCUGCAUGGAGUGUGCGAACGCCCACAAGCUCACGUACCUGAUGAAGAAAUCGACUCGACUAACGUCUCCCUGCACGAGCAGCGUGUUGGGUCGAAUGACGUCAAACAACGUCUGUGCCACCUGCACGCGCAGUAUCAGUAAAUUCCGCACGCUCGUGCUGCAAAGAGGAGGUGCCUGUCAGAUCUGUCGACGUCUACUCUGUGGCCGAUGCUCCGUGACCAAGAAGAUCUGUAUUGGCCUUGGAAGCGAAGUGCUGCAGAAAUCCAUGCUGUUUUGCCUCGAGUGUUUGUUGGAGGCCAAGGCGAUUCCUUCACACAAGGUGGCGCGGGACAAGAUACAUUGGUAA